CUUUACUGAUUCACAAAAGAGAAGAAGUCAGCAGCAGCAAUUCUGAGGAGGGUUGCUUCUGAGCUGCACUGAACUUCACUGGAAGAGAAGAGUACUUCAGAUAAGUGCUAUUAUUUCACAAGGUAACAGAAUGGAGAGCAAACAGCAAAGCAACGGCAUGAGGAAAGAAAAUAAAGCAGUAAAGAAAAAAGUGAAUUGGUCUGGGAGUCUUAUUGUAGCCUCCUUAACUGGUGCUUUUGGGUCGUCUUUUCUUUACGGUUACAAUCUGUCGGUGGUGAACGCUCCCGCAGGGUAUAUCAAGAAGUUUUACAAUGAAACUUGGGAGAGGAGAUAUGGCUUCUCAGUGGAUGAAGGCACUCUGACACUCCUCUGGUCCAUAACAGUUUCCAUUUUUGCCAUUGGUGGCCUUGUGGGUGCCAUUAUUGUAACCCCAAUUGUGAAGUUCUUUGGAAGGAAAUGCACAUUGGUGCUCAACAACGUGUUUGCAGUGGCAGCUGCACUGUUGAUGUCCCUGUCCUUGCUGGCUGGGUCGUUUGAAAUGCUCAUACUGGGCCGCAUUAUCAUGGGUGUGGAUGCAGGCAUUUCAUUAAGUGCCCUCCCCAUGUAUUUGAGUGAAAUAUCUCCUAAGGAAAUCCGUGGUUCAUUGGGUCAGGUCACAGCAAUCUUCAUUUGCAUUGGUGUUUUCACUGGUCAAGUUUUGGGGCUGCCAGAAAUAUUUGGGCAAGAAUCUCGGUGGCCUUUCUUGUUUGGAGCAAUCAUUGUUCCAUCAUUGAUACAGGUCGUGAUUCUGCCUUUUCUUCCUGAAAGCCCUCGGUACCUCCUACUCGAAAAGCAUAACAGGAGCAUGGCAGAAAAAGCAUUUCAGAAAUUCCUUGGGAAAGAUGAUGUGUCUCACGAGAUAGAAGAAGUUUUGGCAGAGUCUCGGGCCCAGAGGAACACCAAGCUGGUGUCGGUGGUUCAGCUGCUGAGAACGCGCGCGGUGCGAUGGCAGAUCCUGACCGUGGUCGUCACCAUGGGCUGCUACCAGCUCUGUGGGCUAAAUGCUAUCUGGUACUACACAAACAACAUCUUUAGUGAGUCUGGGAUCAAUCGUGAAACAAUCCCUUAUGUUACACUAAGUACUGGUGCUGUUGAGACUCUGGCUGCUGUUUUUUCUGGCUUGGUUAUUGAACGGCUUGGGCGCCGGCCUCUCCUCAUUGGAGGUUUUGGGCUGAUGAUUGUCUUCUUUGCAGUUCUCACUGUCUCCCUGACCUUACAGAACACAGUGUAUUGGCUUCCUUACCUCAGUAUAUUUUGUAUCCUUGCAAUCAUUGCAUCGUUCUGCAUUGGACCAGGUGGGAUUCCCUUUGUCCUCACUGGAGAGCUUUUCCAGCAGUCACAGAGGCCAGCUGCAUUCAUGAUAGCUGGGACAGUCAACUGGCUCUGCAACUUCGCCGUGGGACUGCUCUUCCCCUUCAUCCAGGCUGGUUUACAGACCUACUGCUUCCUAGUGUUUGCUGGCAUCUGCUUUGCAGGAGCGGCCUACCUGUUUUUUGUCCUGCCUGAAACAAAAAAUAAGACAUUUCAUGAGAUCAGCCAAGCAUUUGCCAAAAGGAAUAAAGUAACUUUAGAAAUGCAAGAGAUGAACCACUACCCAGGAGAGAAGAAACCAAGUGAAGAACAAGAAUCAAACUUCACAUCUUCAGUGGACAAUGGGGAAACCGUAAAAGGGAUUGUGUAAAGCCAGGAUGUUCUUUCGGGGGAUGGGGGAAAGCGUGCUCUUUUCAUUUAUAGCAGUGCACAACUUGUAUAUUUUAUGAACAUCAUGAACCGCUUCUCCCUUGGAAAUGUUCUAAGUGAGUCUGGGUGAACUCAUUAGCAGCUGGGGUAACAGUUGAGACAGUGAGGGGUGGGAGGAGAGGCAACUGAUGAAAUAAAUGAGAUGGAGUUUCCUUGGCACCUGUGAAGCAAGUGCUGUGCUGAGUGGGAUGGGGAAUAUAGACUUGGAGAUGUGAAGGGCAGUGGGGAGCCAGGGUUUUGAGCAGCAGCUGGCUGAGCACCCCUGUGUGCUCACAGGGAGCUGGGCAUGCUCUCUCCAAGAGGAGGAGGAGGAGGCAGAGAUAAGGGAAGAGAUCCCGGGGGGCUCUGCUGAGAAGCAAACCUGGAAUGGCACCAGCAUGUGUUUCUCCAUGUUUCCCAAGAUGUCAUUCAAGCUGCCCAUGAGAGCUGACACGACACUUCCCUCACCUCCCAUUCCUUUUCUAGCUAUUUUGACUUUCAGUUGCAUUGUUUGAACAUCUCCCACCUUCCCACAAAUGGGCAGCUCUGGGCCCUGAUGAGUUUCCUUGUCUCACUUGCAAAUCCUGAAUCACUAGGAAUAGAGAGUUGUCUCUAGCUUCUGGGUUUGCUGGCACUGCAUUUCUCUGAAUACAUAUAUUUACAUAAUUUUAAUUUUUAACUUAAAAGGUUUAAUAUGAAAGGAAAACUAAACCUCAUGGGGAAGUUUGUAAUUUUGAUAACAGUUUUUCUUGAUCCCUCUAGGUACCUGGAUGUUGAGGGAUAAUAAGGAUUUUUAAAUUAGAUAGCUGUUUUAUACGAAUAGUCAGUAAGUCUUCGAGCUGCUCUCAGCUAGGAGUAAGACACAAGAAGAAAGUGCAGCAUGUAGGUAGAGUCAACUGCUUCCACAAGUUAAAUUUACUAAUCUAGAAAUUGAUGAAUUUGGAGCAUUCUUGCAAGAAAAUGUGCAUAUAUAUUCAUAUAUGUAUGCAUAUAUGAAUAUAUAUAUAUAUAUAUACAUUCCAAGUAUAGCUACAUAUUAAUAUUCAAUGGCUUAAUAUUAUUUGCUUUAAUGUGAAGGAGGGUAGACAAAGAUUGGAUAUUAGGAAGAAGUUCUUCACUGUGAGAGUGAUGAGGCCCUGGGAGAGGUGGCCCUAAGAAGCUGUGGCUGCCCCAUCCCUGGAAUUGUUCAAGUUCAGACGGAAUGGGGCUUUGAGCAAUCUGGUCUAGUGGAAGAUGUCCUUGCCCAUGGUGGGGGAUUGGAACAAGAUGAUCUUUAAGGUGCCUUCCAACCCAGGCUAUUCUAUGAUUCUGUGAUUUAUAUUCUUAUAUACGCACACACAAUGGAUAAUUAUUUUUUCAGUAUUUGGGGGAGUUGGGGGGUGUUUGUAUUUCUCCAAGUGAUAAGCUGGUUUUUGUUUUGUUCUACACUGUAAAUUACACUGUAAAUUAAAAUCAGAGAUCCUAAUGUUCAGCUGCUACUACUAAUUUAUGCAUAUAGUUUUAUACUGUGAUUUAUUUGUACAUGGCAUAUUUACCACAGACAUUGUAAGCUGACCUAAUAGGGCAAUUUCAUUACUAGAUAAUUGACAAAAAAUUGAUGGGGGCUUUUAUGCCAAACUUUAUGGUUGGUUGGGUUUUUUUGUGGCGUUUUUCUUUCCCACUGGAAUAGAUGUACAGCAGUAAGAAUAUGAAAUAUAUAUGAGAAAGAGAAUUAAGAAUGAAAAAUAAAAAAUGUAUGGGUUUGGUGCUACUAUUAAGAAAGAGAGCAAAGCGGGAUUAUUCCAACUGACAGUCAUAAAUGGAAGCUAAUCAAAUACUGUGGAGAAAACUGAAAAAAAUAUUAUUAUAAUAACCACUUGUAAAAUUAUAUAUACAGCAAAUGAAAAUAUUACCUUUCAGUGCCUUUAGUUCCCUAUUCCAAGGGUUACAUGAGCCUUGCUAGGUGACUGGCUAUGUAAACACUGAGUGUGAAUGCCAGACCUCCAGAAAAUUUUAUGAAAAAUUUCUUCCUUUUUUGCCUGCAGGGCAAGACUGGCAAAUUCAGAUCCUCUCCUUCAGACUGGGAAUUACCUUACUUUGUAGUUAGAGCUGGUAACACAAUAUGAUGAGAUGUGCUUUGAGCCAAGGUGGAAGAUUGGAAACCAAUAUUAUCAGAAUGAGCAGAAUUUAGCACUUAGUGCUGCUCAUCAAUGUACAUUAUAGACACUGUUGCAAAUGUUAUCAUUGGAUAACUUCCAUUAAAUAUCAUGCUGACCUAAUACAGCAGUUGUGUCAGAAAUCAGAACUUCUGCAACAAGAUAAAAUCAUCUUACAUUUGCUUACAGUUGCAUUUGGAGCCCAGCUCUGAAUGCAUAGGUAGAAAUGUUUGAUAGAAUUUCCUAUCACAGCUCGGGGGCCUUGUACAGCAUUAACAGCAAGGGGUCAUGUUUUCAUUUCUGCAGUCCCAUUUCCCCCUCUUGUCCUGCCUGAGAUGGGCACACACUUUCUGUGUGGCUGCAAAGAGCUGCUCCAGACUGGGUAUGGUGUGGGACGGGGGUUCCACAUCUCACCUGAUUUUUGUUGCCAUCCAAAGCAAUUCCAGACCAAGCUCAUGCUUUGUUCACUGGCCAGGGACGUGUCCUCUGCCUUGGAAUGUGGAAGUUUCAGAUAUGCCAGUACUUCAUUAACUUUCUCAUCUCUGACCCUAAUGAGAGCUUUGUGUUGUUCUAGAAGCUGUUCCACGCAUUUUUUUCUCCAUUGUUACACUGCUAUAGUUUUUCCAGCAAUGAGAAGGCAACAUGGAAAAUAUCAACAACUUAUAGUUUAUUUUUUCUUGUUGAAUGUAUCUAAUUGUCUAUAGCCUGUGUGUUUGUCAGCAAGUGUUGUGUGGUGUCACAUUCCCUUUUCCUGUCUGACACUGGGGUGAGGUACUGUGAGGUGGUGCUUGUAUGGGUACAAGUCUGUGUGAUCAACUAUGUCCAUGCACAGUGAUUGCAAAAUAAACAUUUGGAAUAAAA